AUGGGUUCUCAGUUCUCUAAACAGAUGGAGCGAAGAAAGGCAAUUCACACGCAGAAGAAGAUUCUCUCCGAUCUCAAAACCUCCGGAGAAGACUACCCCGGCUCCGACUACCACCCCGAAGACAGGAAAAACUGGAUGUCCGCUCUCAACCCGGACAAACUCCAUAUCAACCAGAUCGUGUGGCCUGGAACGCACGACUCUGCCACCAACAAAAUUGGCAUCCCUCUCGUCACUCGCCCUUUCGCGCAGUGUCAAUCCCUCUCCAUAUACAGCCAGCUGGUCCUGGGGACCCGCGUCCUCGACAUUCGGGUCCAAGAAAACCGUCGCGUCUGUCACGGAAUCCUCGUGACCUACAGCGUCGACGUCGUCCUGAACGACGUGAAGAAGUUCCUGUCUGAGACAACCUCGGAGCUGAUCAUCCUGGAGAUUAGGACGGAGUUCGGGCACGAGGACCCACCGGAAUUCGACAAGUACUUGGAGGAGCAAUUGGGAGAGUAUCUGAUCCCUCAGGACGACGUCGUUUUCGGGAAGAGCAUCACGGAGUUGUUGCCGAAGAGAGUUAUCUGCGUGUGGAAGCCCAGAAAAUCGGCCCAGCCCAAAGCAGGGAGUCCUCUGUGGAGUGCAGGGUUUCUGAAGGACAAUUGGAUCGACACGGAUCUCCCUUCCACCAAGUUCGACGGAAAUUUAGAGCACUUGAGCCAACACCCACCCGUUACGUCGCGCAAGUACUUCUACAGGGUGGAGAACACCGUGACUCCCGUGGCGGAUAACCCCGUUCUGUGUGUGAAACCCGUUACGGGACGCAUCCAUGGCUACGCCAGGCUCUUCAUCGCUCAGUGCUUCGCCAAAGGCAUCGGUGAUAGGCUUCAGGUUGUCUCCACGGAUUUCAUCGACGAGGAUUUUGUUGACGCCUGCGUUGGACUCACUCAUGCAAGAGUCGAAGGGAAAGCCUGA